UCGAACCUGAUUGGUCUAUAUCGCUGACGUGGGAUGUUCGGAGUACUUGUGCUGUGCUAAUUGCUAAAUAUGUAAUGUUUGUAUGGUAUGAGUAGGGCAGUGAAAGUGGUCAACAUUGGAUCUUACGAAGUUGAUAAAAACGCACCUGAUCAUUUGACUGUCAAAAGAAAAUGAAGUAGAAACGUCUCUGUUUCAAGAACCAGAUGUUGCAACGAUAUUUAGAGCAGUAUUGGACUUGGUAUUUACCUGCCUUACGUUUUUUAUCUUGCUAGCCAGCUAGCAGUUAUUAAGAGGCGGAACUCAGUACAUCGCGUGUGAAGAGCUGAUUCGGUCUCCGCCUGGGAGCAUGAGUGCUGUAUUCCAAGAACAGCGCAGCGGACGAAGGGUGGCGCUGCUUACCGUAUGCAUCCUUUUGGUUCGCCUGGCCUCAGCCAACUACGAAAAAGCUGUCUCUGCACUAACUGUGGUGGAAUCCGUCAAUGGGGAUGAAGAAGCUCACGUCGAUGAUGAGGUGGACUCUGAAGAUGUUGAGGUGUUCCAACCAACCAGCCAGUGGCAGACUCUGAGACCAGGUCAAGCAGUUCCUGCUGGAUCUCAUGUUAGGUUGAACUUGCAGACAGGACACAGAGAGGCCAAACUGGAUGAAGAGGUCUUGAAGUACUGGAGUGAUGGAAAAAGGCAGGGCAUUGUCAACACCAAGGCAUCAAGCUUCACAACUGAGGAGCUGAAGAAGGCCUUGAAGAAGUUUAAGGAAGAAGGUGUGGAGUCGCUCCACCAGGACUCCCAGAAGGAGGCUGAGCUCAAGUCCCAGUUUCGUCCACUAGAAGAGCUGAAGAAGGAUAUGGCUCAGCUGGACCUAAUGGUCGAGACAGACUUCCAGGUGAUGAGCCGGCUUGUGGCACAAUUGAACCGCUCUGUUGCCACUGUGGAGGAGCGGGUUGCGGCGCUGCUGGACCUUGAGUAUUUGGUGCAUCAGGUGGACAAUGCCCGUGACUUGGUGUCCAUGGGAGGUAUGAAGCUGGUGAUAGACACCCUGAAUGGCACGCAUCUUCAGCUGCAGGAGAGCGCGGCAUUUGUCUUGGGCUCCGCCGUGUCCAGUAAUCCACAGGUCCAGGUGAGUGCAGUGGAAGCUGGGGCUUUACAAAUGCUGGUGACCCUUCUGGCCACAGACCGGCCAAUCAGCGUCAAGAAGAAGGUGCUGUUUGCUAUCAGCUCAUUGCUGAGGAACUUCCCCUUCGCUCAGAGCCAUUUCCUGAAGCUGGGUGGUGUGCAAGCCCUGGGGGACCUGUUCCGAGCCCCAGGGAGCGAGGGCCUGCGCGUGCGCAUGGUCACACUGCUUUACGACAUGAUCGUAGAGAAGGAGUUGGUCUCUCAGGCUGGCCUGGACACCAUCCCUGACUCCACCCACCAGGAGCGACUCCGUCAGUAUAAUCAGGUGUCCUUGCUGCCCCUGUUGGCCGAGCAGGGCUGGUGCGGCCUGGUGCCCCAGCUGCUGCUGACCCCAGAGCAUGAUUGGAGAGAGAAGGCACUGCGCACUCUGCUGGCCAUGUCGUCCCACUGCGGGCUUGCGUACCGCCAGGACCCCGGGCUGGGUCACGCCCUCAGCGCCCUCCGGCAGCAGUACCAGGAGCUGGCACUCAGCGAGGAGGGACUGGCUGAGGAGGAUUGGUACUUCAGGGAGAUCCUGGAGCUGCUGGACUCCGCACUUCUCAAAAUACACUGAAGCCAGGGGAGGAUAAUAAAGACUGUGUUUGCUGGAUGGAUCUGAUCCUGGGUUAGUUCUGUACAUUCUCUCCCGCACCUUUCAGAACCUGGGAAGUAGGCUGGUCCAGGACACCUGUCAUUUGGCUCUUGUUCUGUUGCCAUGGCCAUUGCUUCCCAAACAAGCUUCUGGCAAGGUUUUCCAUACCAAGUGGCAUAUUCACCAUCCUUGUGUUUACAGGAUGAUGAUCAAAUGUUGGCCUAUGGCUUACAUCUUGCUGUAUGACACAUCAGUAAAUGUUGAACAGUGAAGUUCCUUGUUCCUGCCCCAUUCAUCACUGUUAUUUCUGAAAUAAUUUAAACAUUAUUUAUGAUGAGGGAGUAUGAAGGCCAGUUCAGCUCAGCCCUGCGUUGAGGAAUUCUGUGAUCUAAAAUCUCAGAACGUCAUCUACAUCUGUGUCUUUCACAUCUUUUAGUCAAUUUGGUUUAUUCUUGUAGUGCCUUUCCCAAAGCAGUGGUCUUAAAGAAUCUGACAAGUUGGCAUUUGCUGAUAUGUCACAGUUAAGGAUAACAACGGUGUGAGCAGUGGAGAAAAUUUGGAGGAUGACAAAAGAGAAGAAACAAAACUCAUACUUCAAAGUUUGAGAGUUGGAAAAAAAGCUUUAGGGCCCACGAUGAGCUCUCUGGCCAUAUGGGCAAGCUGACACUGAUCCGGCCCGGAAGUAGCAUAUGUUUUUGUGUAGCGCUGUCUUCCAUCUUGUUGUCUGUGGUUGUGCAUCCUGCAGAGCAGUCUUCCGUCCUCUACUGACUAGCAGCUCUGCCCGUGCUAUGCUGUGUGACACAAUGAGUCAGGACUGAUUCUGAUACGUUACCCACAAAAGCAAAGAGGAACUACAGCGUGUACAAUAACACCAGCAGCCUUAUGCGUGGCAGGCUAGGCUACAGUAAUGUGGUUUGAGUCUGAAUAAUGAGACCGAUGGGGCCUCCCUCACAUAUGCUAGCAGACUGUUCACUAAGCCAGGGGCCCUGUGACUUAAAGCUGUCUCCAACAGUCUUUUUAUUUAUGUGAGAAACUACAAGAAGGCUUGUAUUCUAUGAUCUUAGUGAACUUUCGUGAUCACACGCUUUUGUCAGAUGGGUUAGAUAAGCAGGAGUCGCACCCCCGUAGGAAUUUUGCCGUCCUGUACUGAACAGGACACCAGUGGAGAGACAUCAGGAUAUCAGUAAUACUGUCAUAUUUACUUCUUGUAAUUAAAGUUUUCACGCUAGAUUUUCAAACUGCUGUAGGGGAGAAAGUGUCUGAUUUGUUAUAUAAAUGCAUGUAUUCAUCUUUCUGUAUCGUCAAAGGCUAGACAACACCUCACUUUAGCAUCUGUAAUGCAAGCCCUCAACAUUAAGUGCUGAUGAAAAGGCAUUAUGAGUGAUGUCAUUAUCACCAUUAGGCAGUCUCUUUUAUCAUUAAAGCAGUUGACAGGUUUCCCCCGUUACCCCGAAAGUAGAACGUUCCUGUGAAACCUUUCAUUAGAUGAAACAAUGUAAAGUGAAGAACCAAUUGCCAUUAAUUUACAUGGGAAAAAAAUUUUGAGCCUUGUGAGACCGAAAAAAAUUACCUACCAAAUCAUACCAAAUAACAUAUGAAACCUAGCACUAAAGUAAAAGUAGCCAUGAUAUGUUAAAUGCGCUCCCUUUAUAAAGUAGAAGUAACGUGUUUACAAUGUAGGUUCAUCAGCAUCGAUGCAGUCUUACGUCACUUAAUGACAGGGAUGUUCUGAGAAACGCGUCGUUAGGCGAUUGCACCUGUUCCUUUCCGCCCGAACUGUGGUACUCCUAACGCAAAAUGUUCCCUCCCAUCAAUUUACCCUGAGCCAUGCCACCCUUGUUCAAGCACCCACACCAGGAAAGCCUGUGCCCGGCCCUGAUAGGACUCUUUUAUGACUCUCCCUGCAUCGAAAGAGAGCAGCACAUCAUUUAUGACUCUGGGUACAGCUGCUGUGGCUUUUACUGGAAUUUUGUGUAUUAUUGUUCAUGUGUGCUUGCAUUUGGGUGGCUACUAUUUUCUCAAGGAUUUUUGAGAGGAAGUCCUCAUUGGGGACAGGUUUGGAAUUGUUAAGAACAUAAAGGUCUAUGUUUGGCUUCUUAAGGUGUGGUCUGUUUACAGCCAUUUAAAUUUUAUCUGGGACAAUACCAGAAACUAAGGAGGUGUUAAUUAUUUGAAGUAUCGGCCACAUCAGUGCUUCCAGUGUAAAGUAAUUUGACAGGGAUAGCAUCUAGUGCAGGGGUCACCAACAUGGUGCAUGGACCUGUUCUAAAUAUACCACUACUCACCAGUGAGCAGCAUCUAAAAUUUAAUUUUAUCCUGUUGCUAUUCUUCUUUAAUCACAUUUGCAUUUAUAUAGAUUUGAAAAUGACAACAUCUAAAAAAAGCAUUUAAAACAUAUUUAUUAUACAUGAAUAUUAGAAUUUAGGAGAGUGUUUCAAACUGGUAGCCCUUUGUAUGGCUCAGUAUCUGUGAAGUACGAGGUAGCUCUCAGUUUCAAAAAGGCUGGUGACCCCUGAUCUGGUGUAUAUGUAGUGCUCAGGUUUUGGAGUAUAUUUUCAAAUUCUAAUUUAUUGACUAGCUGGUAGUUGCUGAGUACACACAGUAUGCCAAGAUUCAUACUGCUUCAUGGAUUCAUCAACAGCAUCUAAAAUCUGAGGUUACUAGUUUUAUUGUUGGAAAAAGUCCAUGACGCUGGCAUCGUUUUUUGUUUUUUUUUUUAACCACAGUUGCUUAGCAGUUACUAUGCGUUUGGGUGGAGAUGCUAGUUUUCAAAAUACACAAACAAAAUAUAAUCCAUGGGUACAAGUCGCCCAAACAAUACAGAUCAGUUUUUUGUUGAUUAACCAUUUAAACCAAUAAGUCUACCCUUACAAAAAAUAUUGCUUGAAGCAUUAUAAUAGCAAACUUAAUUAUUAAGGUAUAUAAAAUACUGUACAUAUUAAAAAAACUGACCCAUUAAAGCAAAAUAGCUUUUUUAAUUCCCACCCUCAUAUUAAAGUCUUGUGUACAAAAGAAUAUUUAUCACUUUGGUCAAUAACUACGCACAUCUUAACUCAGUUGACAGCAAAUACAGGUGUACAAUGGAUAAUUAACUUAAUACACGUAUGAUAUAGAUUUUUUUUUGCAUCAGUAAGUAGUGUUUUUGCGGAACAUGUGAAAGACUUUUACUUGUAUAUCACUUUGGGCAAAACUGCCUGCUAAGUAACUGUACAUGUAGUGCUUUAUUGAGAUUCUUGCAAUGCCUCUGAAAUAUGUAUUGUGGAUACAAUUAUAACUGGAUACAAUAAAAUAUCAUCAAAUCGA